AUGACCAAACAAACUGUGGUAACCGAGAAAUUCCUGUCCUUUGAUGGGUCCAGACUCUCUGAGGGAGUCACAUACAACCCCUCCAAUCACACUCUGCUCUGGUUGGACGUCAUUGCAGGCGAGAUUCAUAGAGUAUUUUUGCCUAGCGAAUCGCUAGAGUCAUACGGAUCUGAGGAUUUGAUCAAGGUUGCUGAGACACACGAAAUCAUCAAGACCGGAUCGCCAGUUGGUGUGAUUGGCCUUACCAGUGAUGAUGAUGUUCUCAUUGCUGGUUGCAAAGAGGGUGCUGGAUUCGCGAGUUUCAAGACCAAGACUUUUGAGUACAAGUAUUUGUUUGAGACAGAUCCAGAGGUCGUGAAGAAUAUGAGAUCCAACGACGGCUCCGUUGACAAGGACGGGAACUUCUGGGUCGGUACCAUGAAUGACUUCUCUUUUGGAUCUGUGACUCCUACCGGAAAACUCUACAAAAUCUCUGCAAAGGACGACAGCGUCACCACGAUGAUUUCUGAGGCCACUAUUCCCAACGGUUUGGGUUGGUUUAACGGAAAGAUGUACUGGACUGAUAGUUUGACUUUCACCAUUUGGAAGUUUGACUAUGAUUUCACCACCGGCAAAUUGAGCAACCGCGAGCCUCAUAUCAAGAUCAAAGAGAUACUUCCUGGCUACGAUUCGCCUGAGCCUGAUGGGUUUUGCAUGACGGAAACUGGAGAUAUUUUCACUGCCGUUUGGUCAACUUCCAGAGUUCUGCAUUUUAACCCUGCUGGAGAGCUGGUUGAGGAGUUUGUUUUCCCAGCAGCAAGAAUCUCGUGUGUUACAUUUGGCGGUAAGGACUUUGACGAGCUGUUUGUCACGAGUGCAGAUUUGCAUCUGGAUGAACCAGAACUUGUGGGAAGUGUGGCUGGUGAUUUAGGAGGAAGCAUCUUCAGAGUCAAGCUACCAGGUGUAAAGGGACAGAAGAAGAACAUUUGGAAAGGAAAAAUUUGA